AUGCCGCAUCCCGCGUUGCGCACACCAUCAGGAGGGGAGAAAUGCCCCGUCGCCACCUACACCGACGAUGGGAGGGAAGGAGAGGCGAGAAAGAAAGAGGCACGGCAACGGUACUCACGGGCAUCAGCUGCCUGGAAAACUCUCGUUCCGCCGCCACCUCCGCUCCGGAUCCAGCCCCGCUCCACUUGCCUUUCGUAUCCGCACCCACGCCACGCGCACCUCGGCAAGGACAAGCCUCCGCCCGCCGCCACUGCCUCCACCCCGCCUAUAAAGCUCCGCCCUUUGCCCGGCCCGCUCCUCCUCUCCCCGUCCGGGCCACGCCUCUCGCCUCCUUCCUUCAUCCUUGGCCCGUCCUGGCCACGUGGUGGUCUCCGUUCCGGCCGCCGAUUCCAAGUCCGUCCGCCAGCUCGCGCCCUGCUCCCUCUCCUCUCCGCCUGUGGGGCCGCGCCGCUCACCGAGGACGCGGGCGGGGCUCUGCCAAGUGGCGGGCGACCGGCGGCGGGGGCACCGGCGUCGUGCGCCAGCCACGCGCGCUCGUCCUCGACUCGUCCCUCUCCUCCUCUCGCGUCCGGUGAGGCGACUCGUCCUCGGUUCUUGCCUCUCCUCAUCUCGCGUCCGCCGUGGAUCGCUCAUCAACCUGUUGAGCUCUUUCUGGAUAGGACAGAGGUACAAUAUUUACAUCCAUGGCAGAAGGUUCUUAACCCUGAACUCAUCAAAGGUCCUUGGACUCAAGAGGAAGAUGACAAAAUUAUUGAUCUUGUAAGAAAGUAUGGACCAACAAAAUGGUCUCACUGCAAGGACCUGCAGAAGGACCCUCCCACCUCAGGGCAGGAAGGUCCUGUAGGUGAGGACAUGUUCCACUGGCAGGCCAGUAUCAUGGGACCCUUGGACAGCCCGUUUACUGGUGGCCUAUUUUUUGUGAACAUCCAUUUCCCACUGGAUUAUCCCUUCAAACCCCCGAAGGUCUGUUUCCGCACCAAGGUGUUCCACUUCCACUUCCACCCAAACAUUAACAGCAACGGCAACAUUUGCCUUGACAUUCUCAAGGAACAGUAGAGCCUGACUUUGACCAUAUCAAAGGUCCUCCUGUCAAUCUAUUUGUUGCUGACGGACCCCAACCCCAAUGAUCCUCUGGUGCCUGAGAUUGCUCACAUGUACAAGACUGAUUGGGCCAAGUAUGAGUCCACGGCAUGCUCCUCGACACAGAAGUACGCCAUGGGUGGAUGUAUAGGCAAGCAAUGUCGAGAGAGUUCUUCUCAGCUAUAGCUAAAGUCAAAGACGACAAACCAGGUGACUUAUUGGAGUUGCAGGACUAUAAAUCAUCGGUCAUAUGAAUCUUCAUUUGUAAAUAUGACUGCUGGUGCUGCCGAUGAUGCUAGCCAUCGGCUUGGAACUAAUGAGAGACAACCGCUGUUGCCAACUUGAAACAUAUACUUUUUAGGUAUGAAUGGCUUACCUCUCCUCCUCUCGCGUCUGGUGAAGCAAUUCAUCCUCGGUUCGUGCCUCUCCUCCUCUCGCAUCUGGUGAGGCAAUUCGUCCCCGAUUCCCCCCCUCUCGCCUCUGAUUCGUCCAUUUAGAUUAGAAGAAUCGCAUAUGAUUUGUCAUUUUGCUCGUUCUCGAUUCAUCUGCCUUGAAGUGCGUCUAAUUCGACUGAUUUUGCUCGUCCUAGAUUCACUCGUUUAGAUAGAAAAUCACGUUUGGUUUGAUUUACUCGUCCUCCUCGUCACUUUAGAAUCGCUUGUGAUAUGAUUUUGCUUGUCCUCGCUGUCGCCCUGAUGCUCUCGCGUGUUCUUGGGGCCGUCUCGUCUGGGGUCUCUGUCCCUGCGACUCUGGGAGGAAGCGGGCGAGCAAGCGAGCGGUCGGUCGGUCUGGUUUGUGAACUAAAGUCUGUUUGAGAAACUUCUGUUCCUGCAUUUCGUGUUCACGGUGGAGCGAUAUUUCCCGUGUUUACUUGUGCGUGCGCUUCUAUUAUCUAACGAUCAUGCGUUUCGUGUUCACGGUGGAGCGAUAUUUCCUGCGUUUACUUGUGCACGCGCUUCUGUUAUCUGUCGAUCCUGUGUUUUGUGUUCGUGUCGGGGCGAAGGUUGCAGGAACGAUGGGUUCUUGGUUCGGAAAUUGGAGCAGUGUCAAAUCGUUCCCUCUAUUCCACCACAUGCGUUGUUCGUCGAUUAUUUUCAUAUCUCAAACGCAUGCGCUUGAUACUCUGGUUGCCCUUUGUCGAUCCUUGUUCUACUGACAGGCGUGUGUGCUCCCAUCCUAGAUGUAGAGAAUCCUGUUCUUGCCUGUUACAGUUGUUCUGAUGCUGUUCUUUUCAAUUGUUUAUUGUUAUCAUGGUUUGCUUAUGUUCCCAUAUGGCACGAUUGAUUGAUUGUUGUUUGUUGUUUGAUUGAUUGGCUUGAGAUGGAUUGUUGUUUAUUGUUUGAUUGAUUGGCUUGAGAUGGAUUGUUGUUUGUUGCUUGAUUGAUUGCCUUGAGAUGGAUUAUUGUUUGCUGUUUGAUUGAUUGCCUUGAGAAGGUACAAACCAUGUAUGCCGAUUGAUUGUUGUUUGUUGCCUUGAGAUAUUACAUGUUUAUAUGACACGAUUGGUUGUUGUUUGUUCAUGGUUAUUACAAUUGAUUGAUUGUUGUUUGUUGAUUGGAAUCUAAUUUUGGUAUUGGUAGUAGGUAACAGACCUGGCGCUAUUAUUUUUCUGAACUUUUUUGUGAUUAUUAUGCCUUCACAUUGCACUGCUCCCAGAUUCAUAUCGACAUGCCCACGCUGUCUGACGAGGAUAAAGAUGUUAUGAAAAAAUGGGAUGCUCCAAACAAGAUUGACUUCCUAUCUUUCUUAUACAAGGCAUGCAGAAGAUGUGUGGCAAAAGUUUGCUCUGCACAAGUGCAACAUGGCUGGAAAACCUGCUGCUGUUACUUGUGUUGUGGACAGUAUGACAGACAACCUAAGGCCUACACGUGCAGAUGCAACUGAUGUGGCAAAUGCAGUGUUGGAUGUGAUGCCAUUCUCCUUGGUGCCGAGACUGUCCGUGCAUUGUAUCCAGUUGGGAUUUAAACGGUAGGCAGAAUUUGUGCUGAGGUGAACUUUCUUUUGGAGGCUGAGAAUGUCUUCAACCAGGAUUUGUACUUCAAGCGAACCAUGAAAUACGUGGGAGAACCCAUGACCCACAUGGAGUCUAUUGCUUCCUCUGAAGUGCAGGCUGCUAUCAAAGUUAAGGCUUCGGUCAUCAUUUUCUUCACCUCAUCUGGACAGGAGAAAAAGAGUAUUUCUUCUUAUAGGCGCUUCACCUCAUCUUUGUAGUUUAAUGGAAAUUGAUUGAUAUAUUAUGCUGUAUCGAGUAUCUGCAGGCUAAUUGCCAAGUACAGGCCCACCAUGCCAUUCCUCGUCUAAAAACAAAUCAAUUGAAGUGGAGCUUCACAGGGGCAUUUGAAGCAAGACAAUCACUCAUAGUUAGAGGCCUCUUUCCCAUGCUUGCUGAUCCACGUCACCUGGAACGAAGAUCUAGAUCACCCUCGCCCCUCUAGAGAAAUCAGUUUACUCAUUCAAGUUCUGGAAAUUUUUUGUAGCCUUUUGAGUUUACUUCGGUCUUGCAUGUAUUAGCUUUCUGUUUGUGCCCCUAUUUAUGUAUGUUUCUUGUGUGCAAGUGCUCCGUUCUGUGUGUGUGUGUGACUUGUGUGUGGCUUGACUCUGUGUGUGGCUUGACUGUGUGUGUGUGGCCUGACUGUGUGUGACUCUCUGUGGCUUGACUAUGUGUGUGUGACUCUGUGUGGCUUGACUAUGUGUGUGUGAUUCUGUGUGUGCUUGACUCUCUGCUUGUGUGAAUCAGUGUGAAUGUUGCAUUUGUUUGAUGGUGUGGCCUGUAUGCUUGAUUGAUGAUUGAUGUGGUUUAACACUGCCUUUGCCGGUCCCAAGCCCGGAUGUGAAAAUGUGGAGGGAGCUGCAUUUACCUCCUUUGUAUUUUAUAUAUAUUCACCUUCUAACAUUUGUGGCUGAUGGCAUUCUAGUUUACUUAGACGGUUAGCUUGUUAAUUAGUUUUGUGCAUGCAAGACUUGAAAUCUAGCUGAUGUUACUUUCUGUGCAUGAUAAAUGGUUUUGUUGUGCACCUUUUAAAAGAUGUGGUCCGUCUCCUCUUUUGGAUGUUAAAUAGCAUUUGCUAUGUUUCUGAAUUGAUUAUCUGUUGUAAGAUAUGGUUAGCAUAUAUAGUUCAGAGAUAAAUGUCUUUGUUUGCAGCAGUACAUUUUAUUCAUUCCAAUGGUGAUUUUACUACUGUUUUUUGUGUGUUGGAACUCUUGCGGAAGUUCUCUGUACCCCAGUACCAAUGUAUAUCUAUUUCAGUGUCAUUUUGUACUAUAACAUCACGGAAACCGGUGGUAUAUUUGAGAUGAGUGAUGUGAUUAGAUUGUACCAGACAUGCGACUGCAGGAGCUUAGUGUAUGAGUAUGUGCCCCGUGACCGCAAUUAUCUAGUUACUUUAACAGGACUAGCUAGUUACUUUUGAACAAUCAGGUAGUUUACAAUAUGCAGUUUUACUUGUAUUCAGGAAUGGAGCUUCUUCACUUCCUAGAUGCAGCAGGUUGUCCAUGUUGUGUGUUCAAUUUCUUUGAUUCACCUUUAUUUUCAUUUCAGCAGGUUGUCCAUGUUGUGUGUUCCGUAUGGAUUAGAUGCCGUCUGACUACUUUGUCUUCGAUGUCGCAGCCCCUCAUUGGGUCUUUAGUACUUCUUUUGUGUGUUCAAUUUUUAAUCCCCAUUACGUGUGAUGCUCUUUGUUUAUGUGUAAUUUGAACCUCUGGUUGUGCUCUUGUGAGUUAUGAGCGGUGUCUCUGCUCGUGUGGGCACACAUGAUUUGAACCGCGAUUCUGCUAGUGAGGUAAGCAUGAUUUCAGCGGUGUUUCCAUGUGAUUUUGAACUAUGUCUGUGUUACGAUCUUGUGAAAACAUUGCGUGAAUAUUUAUUGCCAAUUGUGUGUCGUGCUAAUACUGCCUUUGGUUGAUUGUGUGGCUUGUUGCUUAGCUGAAUGAUUGGUUGU